CCAACACAAUAAAUAUGUAAACAAAUUUCGCAAAAAGUCAAUGGCUGCAUUUAAAAGCAACGACGCUCCUUUUGCGGAGAGGCCCUCCACUUUCAGAGGCUAUAAGUGGACCAACUGGGAGGACUGUGGGUUUUCAGACAGAGUCAAUCACGCAAUGAGCUCUGCCGGUGGAUCUGCCUAUGCUCUUGGCGGAUUCAGCGGCAGAGGGAAGUCCAUUAGAACCAACGAGUCCUGGAAUGACCUUGGAGACGUACCAUUAGAUGUACAGAGGUUCGAUACUGAUUCAUCAACGUGGGAGAGGAUAUAUCCUCCUAAGGAAGUUGAAAUACACAUACCUUCUACUACUAAUAGCAGAAUAGACUGUCCUCCUCUGGACUACAGUGAAUUCAUAUCAGGACGCUAUGCUCAUUCCUGCAUAUACUACAGGGGGAAACUCUACAUGUAUGGUGGUAGGAAUGAUUAUAGGUUCUUCCUUAACGUCGACUGUUUUGAUAUCGAAUCAAGGAAGUGGUCUGUGUUAAAAACUUCGCAGGACAAUGUGCCAUUAGGCAGAUAUGCUCAUGGUUGUACACUGAGAGGUUCAAUCAUGUUUGUCCAGGGUGGUACAAUGUUAGAUCCAUCAUCACAUCAAUCAUUAAGAUACACUGAUACUCUCCUCUCCUGUAACCUCGAGACAGGACAAUGGCAGAUUGAACCCGUCGAACCAAUACUGAACGAAGAAAAUAGUCCACUCCAAGUAUUGAAAAGAGACUUUCAUUCGGUCGUUUACACUAAUGGAAGGAUUGUAGUAUUUGGAGGAAAAUGCUAUUUCCCAAAUCAGGACGACGAUGGAUUUUAUGAGUAUCUGUUUGGUACUUCUAGGUGGGCUAAGAUUGAUACAGCUGGCUAUCAGCCUCCCGGUAGGCGGAGCUUGCAAGGGAUCACAUACGGACAGAAAUCAAUCAUUUACUUUGGAGGAUUUAGCACGAGAAAAAAGAUCUUUUAUUCCGAUCUGUUCAUUCUCGACACAGAUACUAGGCACGUCCUAAAGGUAAUACCAUAUGGUCUAGGUCCCUGCCCAAGGAGAAGAGUAGGCAUGUGUCUUAUUGGAUCUGAUGUCAUUAUAUGCGGGGGCGUUGGACGUAACCAAUCAAAAGAAAAACACGAUCACUCUUUGUUAACUUUUGGUGACACCUACAGCCUCCAUUUGUUGCCUUCAUUGCAGCAUUUAUGUAUUGAGAGUAUCAUUAAAUAUCAGUUACCAGUAGAAAUAUUACCAGUCUCCAUUAAACAACACAUCUAUACAUUGUCUAACGAGGAAUGCAGUGAUAGUCAGCCGUUAAGUGGAGAUUUAUAUAGCAAUGAUUAGUUUUAUUUAUAUUAGUACUAUUUAUAUUAUUUAUAUGUUUUAUCAGGGCUCCUGGUUUUAUUUAUUAUUAAUUAUUUUUUUGUAUAAAAAAUUAAUAAAGAACACAGUUAACAGCUUGUAUAUUAGAUUUUGUCUCAUUAUUUUAUUGCACUGUAAUAUCAUUAAUUAUUGUUAAAUUAUUUUAAAAAGAGUAA